AUGGAAAAUGAACUAAUUCUUCCGUGGAAUAUUUAUAAUAUUCAUUUUAAAGUUAUUAAAAUAAUAAAUAGUUGCGAGUUGCACACUACGUACGAAGUAUCUUGCAAACAUUGUAUUUGUUCGAAGACGCGUACUGCUGAUUCACGUGCCCCAUCAAAUCUUCGCAAGCAUUUGAAAGAUAAACAUAGUAAUGUCAAGUCUGUUAAAGAAUUACUAGCUCCUUCUACUACUGUUUCAGUAGAUGUUAAAAGAAAAGUCAACACUGAAAUUCAUGAUAAUUCUGAUGUAAAAAAAAUCAAAAAUGUAAAUACUGUUCAGAUGUCAAUACUUAAUUGUUCAAAUCGUAAAAGUUUGACUUCUCAAGAAGACCUUGAUCAAAUGAUCUUAGACGUCAUAAUAAAUGCACAUUUACCAUUCAAUUUGGUUUCUCAUGAAAGUUUUAAAACAAUUAUUUCCAAAGGCUAUCCUGGAAGAACUGUAUUAUGUCGCCAGACUUUAAUGAAACGUAUAGAUAAUAGCUAUAAAGUUGCCUUUGAUAAAUUAAAGAACAAGUUGAAUUUGUAUCAACGACAGCCGAUGCUUGGUCUACAUUUAAAAGAUCAUACUUAG